UCUCUCUCUUCUUUCUCUUUCUCGUCGCCGCCCUCGUCGCCACCACCACCACUUCCCCCUCACCCCCAACCCCGCACCCGCCGCGCGCCCUCAUUCGCCUCGAUUUCGACGGCGAUGUACGGCAACGACAACUGGAUCAACAGCUACCUCGACGCCAUCCUCGAUGCCGGCAAGGGCGCCACGGGCGCCGGCGCCGGCGCCGCCAGGGGCCGGGGCGGGGGAGGAGGCGGAGGCGGCGGGUACGGGGACCGGCCCUCGCUGCUCCUCCGCGAGCGCGGCCACUUCUCCCCCGCCCGCUACUUCGUCGAGGAGGUCAUCACCGGCUACGACGAGACCGACCUCUACAAGACCUGGCUCCGGGCGAACGCGAUGCGGAGCCCGCAGGAGAAGAACACGCGCCUGGAGAACAUGACCUGGAGGAUCUGGAACCUCGCCAGGAAGAAGAAGGAGUUUGAGAAAGAGGAAGCCAAUCGCUUGUCAAAACGCCGUCUAGAGACUGAGAAGCAACGAAAUGAUGCUACUGCAGAUAUGUCUGAAGAUCUCUUUGAAGGAGUGAAGGGAGAGGAUGCUGGCGAUCCAUCUGUUGCCUAUGGCGACAGCACAACUGGGAACACACCUAAGAUCAGUUCAUUUGACAAGCUAUACAUAGUGUUGAUCAGCCUCCAUGGCCUGAUUCGUGGAGAGAAUAUGGAGCUUGGCCGUGAUUCAGAUACUGGUGGCCAGGUCAAAUAUGUCGUGGAGCUUGCUAAAGCAUUAAGUUCAUCUCCGGGAGUUUACCGGGUUGAUCUAUUAACAAGACAAAUCUUAGCCCCAAAUUUUGAUCGUGGCUACGGUGAACGAGAUGAGAUGCUGGCUUCGACAAGCUUCAAGAACUUAAAAUGUGAAAGAGGAGAGAACAGUGGUGCACAUAUCGUCAGAAUACCAUUUGGCCCCAAAGACAAGCAUCUAGCUAAAGAAAAUAUCUGGCCUUUCAUUCAAGAAUUUGUUGAUGGUGCACUGGGUCAUGUAGUGCGGAUGUCAAAAACAAUAGGUGAAGAAAUUGGCAGUGGUUGUCCAGUGUGGCCUGCUGUGAUUCAUGGCCAUUAUGCCAGUGCAGGAGUUGCUGCUACCCUACUAUCUGGAGCACUUAAUGUUCCCAUGGUGUUUACGGGGCAUUUUCUUGGGAAAGAUAAGUUGGAAGGGCUUCUCAAGCAAGGGAGACAGACGAGGGAACAAAUAAACAUGACGUACAAAAUAAUGCGCCGAAUUGAGGCAGAGGAGUUGUCCCUUGAUGCAUCUGAAAUAGUUAUCGCAAGCACAAGGCAAGAGAUAGAAGAGCAGUGGAACUUGUAUGAUGGUUUUGAGGUCAUGCUUGCAAGGAAGCUCCGUGCGCUAGUCAAGCGUGGUGCUAACUGUUAUGGUCGCUAUAUGCCUCGUAUGGUUAUAAUUCCUCCAGGUGUUGAAUUUGGCCACAUGAUUAAUGAUUUUGAUUUGUAUGGAGAUGAAGAUAGCCCAUCUCCAGCCUCUGAGGAUCCAUCCAUUUGGUUUGAGAUAAUGCGAUUCUUCACAAAUCCUAGGAAACCUAUGAUUCUGGCUAUUGCCCGUCCAUAUGCUGAAAAGAAUAUUACAACACUUGUGAAGGCAUUUGGUGAAUGUCAUGCAUUGAGGGAACUUGCUAAUCUUACAUUGAUAAUGGGUAACCGUGAGGCUAUUUCCAAAAUGAAUAAAGUCAGUGCGGCUGUUUUGACAUCAGUGCUUACAUUGAUUGAUGAAUAUGAUUUAUAUGGUCAAGUGGCAUACCCAAAGCAUCACAAGAACUCUGAAGUUCCUGAUAUUUAUCGUUUAGCAGCAAGAACAAAGGGUGCUUUUGUAAAUGUUGCUUACUUUGAACAAUUUGGUGUCACAUUGAUAGAGGCUGCCAUGCAUGGGUUGCCUGUAAUUGCAACAAAAAAUGGGGCUCCUGUUGAAAUCCAUCAGGUUCUGGACAAUGGUCUCCUUGUUGAUCCUCAUGAUCAGCAUUCAAUCGCAGAUGCCCUCUACAAGAUGCUUUCUGAAAAGCAGUUUUGGUCAAGAUGUCGAGAGAAUGGGCUGAAAAAUAUACACCAAUUUUCUUGGCCUGAACAUUGCAAGAAUUACUUGUCAAGGAUAUUAACUCUUGGCCCAAGACAUCCUGCUUUUGGAAACAAAGAAGAACAGAAGGUGCCUGUGAACUGCAGGAAGCAUAUCCUUGUUAUUGCUGUAGACUCUGUUAGCAAGGAAGAUUUAGUCCAAAUCAUCAGAAAUUCUAUUGAGGCUACACGCACUGGUACUUUGUCAGGUUCAACAGGUUUUGUGCUGUCGACUUCAUUGACGAUAGCAGAACUACGUUCUCUAAUAAAAUGCACAGGCAUGCACCCUACAGAUUUUGAUGCCUUCAUAUGCAAUAGUGGGAGUGAUAUUUAUUAUCCUUCACUGCCAAAUAAUUCCCAUGUUACAUUUGCACUGGACAAUAAUUACCGAUCACAUAUCGAGUAUCGUUGGGGAGGGGAGGGUUUAAGGAAGUACUUGGUUAAGUGGGCUUCUUCAGUGGUAGAGAGAAGGGGAAGAACUGAAAAGCAAGUCAUCUUUGAAGAUUCAGAACACUCUUCAACAUACUGUCUUGCAUUUAGAGUGGUUAAUCCAAACCAUUUGCCUCCGUUGAAGGAACUGCAAAAGUUGAUGAGAAUCCAGUCACUGCGAUGUCAUGCUCUGUAUAACCAUGGUGCUACUAGGCUAUCUGUGAUUCCAAUUCAUGCAUCACGAUCUCAGGCUCUAAGGUAUUUGUCUAUUCGUUGGGGCAUAGAGUUGCCGGAUGCUAUGGUUGUCGUUGGUGAGACUGGUGAUUCUGAUUAUGAAGAACUGUUUGGAGGUCUUCACAAGACAAUCAUCCUUAAGGGUGGAUUCAACACUCCCGCAAAUAGGAUCCAUACGGUCAGAAGGUACCCUUUACAGGACGUUGUUGCUCUUGAUAGCUCAAAUAUAAUUGGAAUUGAGGGUUUCAGCAGUGGUGACAUCAGGUCAGCAAUGCAACAGCUUGGUAUACCCACACAAUGACACCAAGUGCAAUCUAUUUUUUAUUAAUACAAAUAUACGAUACAAAUACUAUCAUUUCCACUCUAUUGGAAAUGCCCGAUUUUGCCUGCCAGUCAUUUAGUGUCUGUGGUCCCUGCUUGGGCUGUGAUUGACAUUCCCCUGGAUCCUCACACUGGAAUUUUUGGAGUGAAGAGCGUGUUAAUGGAUACAUCGAGCUGUACAGAUGAAACAAAUUUGUUCAAAUGUCGAUAGUAAAAACAUCUUAUGGAAGCAUUUUCAGCAAACAAGCUUCCAAUAUACGAAAGCUGCCUGAGCUCACAAUUUUACAUCACUUCAGAGUUGAGCAAAUGAUUACUGUGCAACCCUCUAAACUCUUUUUUUGCUCUAGGAGGGGUGCCUUACAAUUGUGUAAAUACUGUGUGACAUAAUUGAGCAUUAUACAUAUAUACAACUUUUUUUUGUUUUCACGAAUUAGUAUGCAAAAAAA